CGUUGCAAUUGCGCGAGAAAAGCCCUAAACCCCAAAUCCCCUCACCCCGUAAAACCUUAAACCCUUUCUCUUCUCCUCUUCUUCCAACACUCCACUAUUCUCCCUCAUCAAUGGCGCCGAAGCGAUCCAAAACCGCCAUUAAAACGAAGAAGCAUCAGCAUCAGAAGAAGAUACAGAAACGCAGUCGUUCAGACCUCAAAACCCUAGGUCAUCAACUUCUCUCUUCAAGAGCUCACGUCAACAACUUACCUAUUCUUCUCACCUACAUCUCUCCUACUUCACCUCCUUCUUACAUAGUUGAAUCUCUUAUCUCUCUUCAGUCGUUCUUCUCCCCUAUUAUCUCCACUCUCCCUCCUUCAUCUUCUCUCUCCUCCUCCAAUGGCGCCGCUACCGUUGCUUCAGACCCCGAGGUCGUUUACCGCACUUGGCUUCGCUCUAAAUUCGACGAACUCGUCAAGUCUUUGAUCGUUCUCGCCGUUUCUCCUCAGUGCGAGGAGACUGUUCGUGAGGUUGUAUUGGAUACAUUGAUGGAGUUUGUGAAGCUCGGGAAUGGAGGAAAGUUUUUUUCUGCUCUAUAUCACAAGCUUAUUCAGGCAAUUGUUAAUUCGUCCUUGGAUGUUGAAUAUUUACUGGAAUCAUUAGCAUCAACAUAUUUUAAGUACAUUGAUGUACGUUACUUUACCUUCAUUACUGUUGAAAAACUGUGUAAAACUCUGGAGUCAAACAAUAGUUCAGGUGACAAAUCUGUGAUUGAAGAGGGAGAUGACUCAAAAGCAAGCCUAGAGUGCUCCAUAAGGAAGAUCCACUUUAUCUUAUCCCGCAUUCCUCCUCUAGGCAACGUGGAUAAAGAUGCUGCAAUUGAGAUGUGGAGUGCAGGUUUCUUAUCCAAAGAAUGCGGUCUUCAGGAGCAACCUGAGCAUAUAAAAGGCAAAGAUACACAGAAACAAGCAGAAAUAUCUACUAGAAAUGAUGUUUCUUUGGUCAUUGUCUCCAAAAAGAUGAAACUGAAGUUUACCAAGGCAUGGAUGUCAUUUCUUAGGUUACCACUUCCUCUUGAAGUCUACAAGGAGGUGCUAAUCAAUCUGCAUCAGGCAGUCAUUCCUUCUUUGUCAAAUCCUGUAAUGUUGUGUGACUUCUUGACAAGGUCCUAUGACAUUGGUGGAGUUGUCAGUGUUAUGGCUUUAAGUGGUCUUUUUGUUCUUAUGACAAAGUAUGGCUUGGAAUAUCCCAACUUUUAUGAGAAGCUAUAUGCGCUUUUGAUACCUUCAAUAUUUAUGGCUAAACACCGUGCAAAAUUCCUUGAGCUGCUCGAUUCUUGUUUGAAAUCUCCACUUCUUCCUGCGUAUCUGGCAGCUGCUUUUACAAAGAAGUUGAGUAGACUCUCUCUUGGAGUCCCUCCGUCGGGGGCGCUGGUUAUAAUAGCUCUGGUCCACAAUCUUUUGCGGAGACAUCCAUCAAUCAACUGUUUGGUUCAUCAGGAAAUUGCUGAACAAACUGAUCAAGAUGACACAAAAUCUGGGCAAGAGUCUGUUAGUUCUGAUGGAAAUACUGGUGUUGAUAUGACCAGAGAAAAACAAGGUGUUGAUCUGUUCAAUGACGAAGAAAGUGAUCCUAUGAAGUCAAAUGCCAUGAGGAGUUCUCUUUGGGAGAUAGAUACACUGCGUCACCAUUAUUGUCCGCCUGUAUCAAGAUUUGUUUUAUCACUUGAGAAUGAUUUGACAGUGAGAGCUAAAACUACAGAAGUAUCAAUUGGUGAUUUUAGCUCUGGUUCAUAUGCUACAAUAUUCAGGGAGGAGAUGCGAAGAAGGGUAAAGCAAGUUCCUCUUGCAUUUUAUAAAGCAACUCCAACGCUGUUGUUUUCAGAGGCUGAUUUUCCCGGCUGGACUUUCAAUUACGACGAAAGCCAUGAGGACAUAAAGAGUUUGUAGAAACAAACACAAAUGUAAAAGUAUAUUUUUGGUUAUGAAUACACAUAGAGACCACAAGCUUCCAUGUACGGAUCUGUUUGUCUUCGUAUACUAUAAAUAGGUAGCAAUUGAACAUUUAUCAACGUACUCAUUAUCAAUGUAGAUUCUUAUUUUUUCCUAGAGAAAAAGGUUAUGCUCAGAUUAGUCCUAUUUUAACCUGUCGAGGUUGGAAUUUUAAAGAAGUUUUAAAAUAUAGUGGGUUACUAUUUAUCUU